GUUGUAGCUUACUUAGUUAAAGAUGCUGGCUCAUCGUGUUCAAGCUUUUCGUGCGACGGCUGUCAGCCGGCGUCGUCUAACUGUAGUCUGCAAAGACUCGCGAAUUGGGCGCGCACCGGUCACCAUUCCAAAGGGCGUUACUGUUACUCUUGAGGGCAACCAUGUUCGCGUGAAGGGCCCCAAUGGGACCCUUGAGCAGACGCUUUCUCCGCUGGUUAGGGUGGAGCAGGCCGAUGGCAAGCUUAAAAUUUCUAAGCUUGCGGACGAUCGUGUGGCGAUGUCUCAGCAUGGGCUGAGCCGGACGCUGGUCAACAACUUGGUAGUAGGCGUGUCGACCGGGUUUGAGAAGCGCAUGGAGAUGGUGGGCACGGGUUACCGUGCUAGCGUGGCUGGCAAGGAGCUCACGCUCAACGUGGGCUACAGCAAGCCCCGCGUCCUGCCCAUUCCCGAGGGGCUUAAAGUGACGGUGGAGAAGAACACCACGCUCGUCAUCUCCGGCGCCAACAAGGUCAGUGUGGGCGACUUCUGCGCCACCAUUCGCCGCCAGCGGCCGCCGGAGCCGUACAAGGGCAAGGGCAUCCGCUACACGGGAGAGGUUAUCAAGCUGAAGGAGGGCAAGGGCGCCGGCGGCAAGAAGAAGUAAAGCAGAGGGCUGGUAGGAAUAGAGCGGCUUGAUGCUUGGCGGGGAUGUUGAGAGGAAGUAGGGGAGGAAGAUGGAGGGAGGGGAGCCGCAGGGGAAGUGAGGAAGUGGUGGGGGAGGUAGACGAGUUGGAGCAGAGGUAUAGAGGAGCAGGGGUGCGGCUUUGGGGAUUUGGGUUUUGGAAGUUUGGUGUGGUAUUGCUUGGAGACUGGGGGUAAGGGAAAGGCAGGACGAAGGUAGGAAAAAGGGGGGGAGAAGAGAAAGAGAAGAAAAGGCGUUUGCAAGGAGGACAUUUUUGGGUUACAUAAGUGUGCGUUGGUGAUCAGGCGGGGCCUUUUUGAGGGUGCCCACCCGCUUCACUUUGUACAGCGGUUUUGUUUUGCACGACGUUUUGUGAUAACAUUGCUGACCGCGGUGUUGCGGUUUGUAAUGUGUACGCAUAUGUACGAAUGCUAUACUAUCAUGUGCGUGUAAGCUGCACCGCUGGGGUAGAGACGCACCGGGUUGGGGGGGCGUUCUUUCGAGGAGGGUUCUAGCGACGCUUGGUUGGUUGCUGCAAGGCAGCACAUGUCACCAGCGGUUACACACGCCAGUGCAAUCGGAAAGGGUUG